CAAAUAUCACCAGGAUAUUUUCAACUUUUGUGGCUCUAACCCUCAACAUGGGUUUUUGGGGGAAGGAAAAUUGCAGUGGGUAUUCUUCUUGGCUUUCAGUGUUCUUCUGUCCCAGGUGAUCAUGGUAGCACUCAGGCAAAGCUACCUGCUGUAGCUUCCAAUGAGCUGGAGGUGCAAGCCAUGCCCUCCCUCCAGCCCUCAUCUUAGCUUUUGGGCUGGAGAGAAGCCAUGCCCACCAUAGCCCUAGUGCAGGGCUUAACUACCAAGGACUGGAACCCCAGCUUCAUCCUGAGCAAAGCUCUUGAUUUCUCCUGUGCAGUUAUUGCAGUCUGCUAAGGGUCGGAAGACAAAAAAGGGCGGUAGGAACUGAACUGGAGGAAAUGAAAUCUCUUAGAAGAACAGGGGUUUCUCAGAUCUUCUGUUGUGCUUAUGUUGUGUGAGUUAUAGGUAUUCUGCAGUGGCUGUGUGGUUUGUGCUGGAACUUGGGGACUUCCCUGAGAUUUUGCUUCUCUGGUGUGUUGCAAGAGGGGUUUGCUCAGGUGCUUUCCCCAUCUUGAGGAGAAGUGAGCCUUGCAUAGGUAGAAAUGAGAGACAUGAGCCAAGUGACUUAGUUGCACAGUAAAUGAGGGCUGAGAAAGAGACAGUCAGCAGUCAUGAGGGCAUAUAGAAUGUAUCAGGUCUUCUUGCAGGCCUUUGCUUUAUCAGGUUGCAUGUGCUUACAUAUGGUAACCUCUUACUAAAUAGCUAAAUUGUGUUUGAAUGUGUUUGUAAGAGGGGAGUAAUAUUCAUCAUAGGAGAAGGUAAAAUAAUAACUUAUUUCACAAAUUUAAGAUUGAAAUUUAAUACUCAAGAGGCUGAGAACAUGUGCAUAUGCUGCUAUCCAGUUCCCUGUGCAGGGUUGAAGGAAUAAGAUUGAGGUAUUAAAGUGAAUGGCUUUACUCCCGAACCUGACAAGGGAAGAAAAGAAAUGCACCUAACAGUGCAUGGAUGGACAGUGCAGACCUUUUUUUGCUUUGUAUUGUUUUUCAAUCCCACAAUAAGCCCUUGCCACUUCAACUGCUUGUGGACCAUGAUCCUGGCUCUGGUUUGAAUCCCUGACCCACAACUGCAAAGGAGGACAUGAAUUUUCAGAGCAGUCUGUUCUGGUUUGUCAAGUCCGAGCUUGGAAAGCUCUGUGGAAAGAAAAGGGAUUCCUAGGAAGAAAUGCUUUCAAUGUCUGUACAAAGCCUGUUGUGGGCAAUUCCAUCCUGUCUAAGUUUUGGUGACAUGCCAAGACCAUUCUGUUAAAUGGCUUUUUGAUUUUUUUCUCCUGUUUUGCUUAGGUUUUUUUACAGGCUGUAGAAUAGUUUCCUGCCCAGCCUGGGUUACAGCCAGAAUGGGAGCUGUGGACUAGGAUGGCUGGUUUGGACCAGAGGCGUGCUUACGCUCAGUCGUUAUUUGCCAGUGGCCACUUUUCCAAAACAUGCUUUAUUGAGUGUGGAGCUUUUGUUGUACCACGAUGUAGAUAGUGAUCUCUGGAGGAGGAUGGGAGAUUACAGGCCAUCUGGUGCCUUUCUGGACCACAUAUUUCAACAGGACAUGAAAUAAGCUUCUUUUUCUCAUAGAGAAAUAAACCCUCCUUCAAGCAUAAAAACAACCUGCCACUUUCACUGUUUUGGUUUGGAAAGACAGGUGUCUGCUAAGGAAGGCAGGAGCCUCCCAUGAAAUGGAAAAUAUAAACCCAUCUCUCUGAAUUUCUAUAAAUUUUAAAUUAAGGUGUCUCCGGCAAAAAUAUGGGAGCCAGAAUAACAGUUCUUUAUUAGGGAAGAAAAUAAAAAAGAUAAAUAAUGCAGCAAACCAAAACAGCACUGACAGAGUCAGAAUACAACCUGACACUCUGUUGGUCAAGGUGUUGGUAGCAGUACCAAUAAAAUGGUGGCUGCAGCCCUCCUGGAGUGACAGGUGUGGUUCUGUUGGAGCAGUGCUCCUCUAGAAAGGGUGUAGUCUUCCUCUGAAGAUCAAGUGGAAGAGGCAGCUAUUCUGGGAAAUCCAGUGCAGAAGCUGUGCUGGCAUUCCAGAACCUCAAGAUUAUAUCCAGGUAGGAAUGCUUGGCUCCUCCCUCUGGGUGGAGCAUCACACAAUGUAAUGCUCUAGUCCUUAUCAGUUAUGCAGUGACAUUCAAUAACCUGUUAUCAGCAGAUGUCUCCCCUGAGAGGGGCUUGGUUGUUCAAGAGAUAAGGAAAACCACCCACUUAACAGGAGACAAGUGCCAUACAGAUGGCAGAUAGAAUACAUCUUGCCUUGCAAUCUGGGACAUUCACAUAUCCUGGAGAAGGGCCAUCACUGUAACAUGAGCUUCCUCCCCACCUUCUAGCUUUGAAGUGAGGGUGACCUGAGAGCUGUCUUAAUCAAGCUCUCCAGAAGCAAGAGAUCUUUUUGCUGGAAUGCUUCCAGCAGCAUGCACCUGGGUCCAGGAACUGCUGAAGAGAAAUCUCAUCAGUGGCAGGGCACAGCAGUGUGAAUCAGUAACCCUGGAUUAGCUGGGAUGAUGGGAGGCAGCCUGGAAAUGGGAACUGGCUGGUGCUGGGGCUCAGAACGGUGGGGAAAUCACGCCCAGGCAGUGUUAGUUUUUUGUGCAGUGUUUUUGGAUGAGGUAUUAAUUCCCCAGACAGGCUAGGUGGCUGUGGCUCCCCUUUGCACUGAUGUGAUGCAUACAUCAGUCAAGGAACAGGGAGAUGGCAGGGUUCUCUCUUCAUGUUCCAGGAGAUCCUGUCUUGUGUGUGUCUAUCUCUCAUCACCAACACUGGGCUCUCCCAUCCCAAAAAUGGUUUUUGCAGGGCUCAGAUUUACACGUGCUUUACACCUGCUUUACACCUUAGCUAAAGCAUAAAUUACCAGCCAGUAAAACAGAGGAUCAGGAGCAGCCUCCAGCUGUCUCGUCCCAUAAACCUCCUUGUCCAGGAGCCCAAGCAUGUGAGUCUGUCUCCACAUAGGAAAGCAGUAUGGUCAGGCACAGUGAGUUUUUUUCAGAACCUCUGGGUGGGGGACAUUUGAACACUUUCAGAGCAUAUUCAUUUAACAGUGUUUAGGCCAAGAAAAUAGUAGGAAUUAAUUAUUUUUCUUUUUAUUAAUUACCUGCCGUAAUCAGAUUUCAAAAAGUUAUUUGAUGCCUAUUUUUUUUUAAUAUGACAACCACUCCAGCCUUUUUUGCAGUACAAGACAGAGGGUGGCAUUUCCCUUGCAUUUGGGAGUUUUUGAGCUGUGUCGCUUUCCUGUUUCUACGGUCAGGGGAAGCAGCAGCAAAACGUUUGCUGUUUGGCCUUGGGGCACCUGUGAGGCUUCGUGUGAAGAGGAGAAAGGUGAAAGGGGGCUGAUGCCUUUUGGAAAGUUGGAGGUUCAGAACAUCUUAGAUCAGUGUCUCCAUGUGGGGGUGUGUGUGUAUUUCAGGGCAUCUGGGGGAGAAUUGUGCUUUGGUAGGUUUUGCCUUAAUGACAUCACUACAGUGACAUUGUGACAGGGGCUGGUGGGUAAAUGUGUUGCUGUCAGCAUUUUGAGUUUGUGAGGCUCUGGACUUAGAGUGUAAGCAGAGAUAAUUUUUAAUCUUCCAAAAAAUUUUAAGCUUCCAAAAAAUUUUUCCCUCUCUGGAAGAAAGAGGAAGGGUGUUUUAGUGACCGUGGGCAGAGGUGUCAGCAGCACCUUGUGGUUGUUCUGGCCAGAGUCCCUUGGGCAGGAUGACGUAGGACACAUCGAGCAAUGGCAAAGCAAUUUCCCAUCAUCCAAUCCUAUCAAUAAAUGCAAUUUCCCUGGAGGGUGGGGCUGUGUGAAACUCGAUUGCUGCAGGCUGGGUGCAUCACACGGCCAAGCAGCAGCAAGGCUGCAGGCUGGAGAUAUUUCCCCUCCCAGUGGAGGCUCUGUCCCUUCUGAUGUGGUAGUAAAUGAGGUUGUCCCUGUGUGGCACUGCACAGAGGAGCCAGGCCUUUGCUCUUUCUUGUCCCCAAGGACUGUGUACUUAUCAUGUUGGAGCACGUGUGGUGGACAGUGGUUAUACUGCCUCUGUCAGUAACCCCCAUUUGCAUCUCAUACCCAAAUCUGUCCUCUUUUUCCUCUGCAUCUGUCACAUUUUUCCCACACUCCUGUGCUUUUGAGGUCAGACACAGUCAUGCAAUAAGGCUUCACCCUGUAGGAAGACAUUGCCAUAAGGUUUGGGAAGUGGCACAAGCUCCAUCAGUAUAACUGUGCUUAUGCUGAUUUAAUGCAUCUACCUCAGAGCUUUCAUUAGCAUAAGCCUCUUAAUAAAGAGGGAAAAAAUUGUAAGAGCUACACCAAUGAUGUAACUAGACACAUUUAGUAGACACAAUUACUUUAAAAUUAGCUUGGUUUCCCAGAGUAUGUGAUUUCUGUUAAAUCUUUCAAAGUACGUGAGGACACUUCUAUUUAUGUUCCAUUCAUACUAAUUUUAAUUUAUAUUAAGUCCAUCAGGAUCAAGUUUGAGCCAAGUUGGAUGCAGUGUUACUCCUCACACUGGUUUUGAUGGAUUAGAAGCAAUAGAGCUAAAUCUUUCCAUUCCCUUGUGAGUCCCUUGCAGUUUCACUGACAAAAAGAUGAUCAGGUUUUUUUAAACUACAUUUAUUAAAACAGCCUGCAGGCACAGGCACACUUUCAUAAAUGUGACUCUGUCCACUUAUUAUCCAAAUGAUCUUAAAAGCUGGAAUAAUCAUGCUUCAAAGUGGGCUGCUCUGGUUUAAUUUAGCCUUAUUUGUUUUGAUUUAGAUGGGCAGCACAGGCUGGGUAGACAAGACCUAAGAAAUCACCCUGCAGCAGGAGAGAUUUAAAAAUGCCCAGACUUUGAAGCAAGUCAUCUACAGAUGAAAUUGUUCCUAAGGGCUCCUAGCAGCUGCAGGGACAAGUGGCAUAAAUGCAGAUUUAAUACCAGUGGCCGAAGGAGGUGUCACAUCAGCAAUUGGUCUUGAGGAGAGAUUGAAGACUGAGAGAGAACAGUGAUGGAUGGACUAAUGCCAGACUCAGGAAAGGGAGCUUUGCCCAGGGCUUCCCAUCUUGUCUUCUCGUGGCCAGGGCAGAAACUGCCUUUCCUGCUCCUCCAGCCCCUCAGCAAGAGUGGACAUACUUCUGAGUCACCAUGGGCAAGAUGGACAACCCCUCCGUGGAGCUGAGCUCUCCCUCUGAGGUGAAGCAGGCAGCCCUGGAGGAGCCAGAGCCCAUCAGCCCUGAGGUCGUGAGCACCAAGAAGAAGAAGAAGGAGAUCCCAGACAGAGGUUCCUGGAAGGGGAAAUUUGACUUCUUGCUGUCAUGUGUGGGCUAUGCUAUCGGUCUGGGCAACGUCUGGCGCUUCCCUUAUCUCUGUGGCAAAAAUGGAGGAGGGGCCUUCCUCAUCCCCUAUUUCCUGACCCUGGUGUUUGCUGGGAUUCCUCUCUUCCUGCUGGAAACUGCUCUGGGCCAGUAUACCUCGAUUGGUGGACUAGGAGUCUGGAGAUUAGCACCCAUGUUCAAAGGUGUGGGACUGGCAGCCAUGGUUCUGUCCUUCUGGCUGAACAUCUACUACAUUGUCAUCAUUGCCUGGGCUCUCUACUAUCUCUUCAACUCCUUCACUUCGGAGCUGCCGUGGCAGAGCUGUGGGAAUGCCUGGAACACAGAGCGCUGCUUCUCCAACUACUCCCUGAACGACACCACCAACCUCACCAGCGCCGUCACCGAGUUCUGGGAGAGGAACAUGCACCAGAUGUCCGGAGGCCUGGGGGAGCCUGGCUCUGUCCGCUGGCCCCUGGCUGGCACGCUGGCCCUGGCCUGGCUGCUGGUCUACUUCUCCAUCUGGAAGGGUGUGGAGUGGACAGGCAAGGUGGUGUAUUUCUCAGCCACCUACCCUUACUUCAUGCUUUUCAUCCUCUUGUUCCGGGGAGUCACGCUGCCAGGAGCCAAGGAGGGGAUCCUCUUCUACCUCACACCUGACUUCAGAAAGCUCUCUGACUCUGAGGUCUGGAUGGAUGCAGCCACUCAGAUCUUCUUCUCCUAUGGCCUGGGGCUGGGCUCCCUCAUUGCUCUGGGCAGCUACAACACUUUCCACAACAACGUCUACAGAGACUCCAUUAUUGUCUGUUGUAUAAACUCCACCACAAGCAUAUUUGCAGGAUUUGUUAUUUUCUCCAUCAUUGGCUUCAUGUCACACAUCACAAAGAAGUCGGUGUCAGAGCUGGCCUCCUCAGGCCCUGGACUGGCUUUCCUGGCCUACCCACAGGUGGUCACACAGUUGCCUCUGUCCCCACUCUGGUCCAUCCUCUUCUUCUCCAUGCUGAUGAUGUUGGGUCUGGACAGUCAGUUCUGCACUGUGGAAGGGUUCAUUACAGCCCUGAUGGAUGAGUAUCCUCAAGUCCUAAGAGCCAGGAAGAAGAUCUUCAUCGCAGUAGUCUGCUUCAUCUCUUAUCUCAUUGGAUUCUCCAACAUCACCCAGGGUGGCAUUUAUGUCUUCAAGCUGUUUGAUUACUACUCAGCCAGUGGCAUGUGUCUUCUUUUUCUUGUGUUCUUUGAGACCAUCUCAAUUUCUUGGUGUUAUGGUGUGAACAGGUUUUACAGGAAUAUUGAAGAAAUGAUUGGGUAUAAGCCUUGCAUCUGGUGGAAGAUCUGCUGGGCCUUCUUCACACCUCUUGUCUGCCUGGGUGUGUUCUUCUUUAGUGUGGUGGAAAUGACCCCUCUGACACUGGGCAAAUACGUCUAUCCUGUGUGGGGCCAAGGCAUCGGGUGGCUCAUGGCCCUGUCCUCCAUGUUUCUGAUUCCAGGGUACAUGCUCUACUCCUUCUUCACCUCAACAGGGACUCUCCGGCAGGUAGGAACAGCUUCACCACCCUCUGCUCAGGCGCCUGCAGCAGAUGACACAGCCCAGGCCAGAGGAGCACGCUCACAACAACAGCCUCCAGCCCAAGACAGCCUUGAACGGGAGGAUCUCGGACGCCGCCGUGUAGGAGGAAAAGCCCCAACUCCUCGCUCUGCCCCGUAGUUGCUCAAAGCUCCACAUUGUCCCUCGAGCUCCUCUGGCACAGCUGGCUGUCCCUGGCUCUGCGCUGGCUUUCUUUUGUCCUGGUGGAGGAACCUGUUCGUUUCUCUUCCUCCUGGCAUGGCUGAGCAAGGCCCUGAACCAGCUGCCACCAGGGCAUUGUGUGGUGACCACCUUCAUGCUGCAACAUCCUGGUCCAGGGCAUUGUGUGGUCACCACAUUCAUCCUGCAACACCCUGGUCCAGGCCCUCAGGGAGGAGCAGCUGGUGCCCACAUCUUCCUCCUCCUGAAGAGAGGUGGUGUCUCUGGAGAGCUUAGACUGACUAUUAUCCACUUCUCUGUUUUUCUUGCCUUUCCUGUGAAACUCCACCGAGCAUCCCCCAGCACAGAGCUGUGUUUCACCCCAGAGAGAUUGCUAUCACUAGGUUCAAAUCCCAGAUGGUUGUUGACUGAUGGAGCAUAAAACACCAAAAAAUUCAUAACUGGAGGGGAUGUGCAGAACAAAGGGUUCUAGUGCACAACAAGGGAUUCUAGUGAAAAGUCCUGCCUGUUGGUAGCUGUAGGACAUCACCCCACACCUGGAGAAGGGCUUGGGGACAGUGUGUGCUGCUCACAGUGCCGUGUUUCACCCCUGUCAGUCUCCAGGCACGUUUGCUGUCUCCAUUGGGGCUGGCACUGUGAGCAGAGCCCAAUGGAGCAGUCAGCCUUUCUUUUCUGGAGCAUCCUGCCCUCUGUAGCUGUGUGCAGUAGCCACACCCUGACCCUAAAAAGCAGCAAAAAUGGUAAAUGGAGGGCUCUUUGCUACAGGCUGUUCAAGUCUCCCACACUGACCACAACAAGCUUCGUGCAGAGGCAAGGCUGUGUCAUAAAGAGAUUUUCCAGCACUGUGAAAAUCUCCAUUCAGAUAAAACAGGGUCUUUCCUGGCAAGCACCCUCUCUGGCUGUGUCCCUGGAUGGGAAAUAAGAAGAUGGAGCAUGAUGCCCAUGGGUGGUUCAGUUUAUACCCUUUUCAGGAAGUGGCCACUCCUAAAUCCCAGCUGGUGGAAUGCAAGAAUUCCUGAGGCAGUUGGCAGGAUGCAGCCACCGUGCUUAAGGCCACCCCUGUGAAACAGUGCUGACUUCCCUUGGGACGUGUUUGUUCAACCAGAUCAGUCACUGGCACAUCCCCACUCCCAACACAUAAACCACAGAGGGCUGUGAGCUCUUGUAGAUGGUGCUGGAGGGGUGUAACACCUUGGAGAAGGCUGCAAAGUGUUUCAGAGCAAUCCUAAAACAGCAGCAUAUUUAUUUGUAGUGAAGCUUUGUAAAAGGAGGUGGCUUAACACAGCACCACGUGUAGGUGUGAUAGUGGUGCUCUCAGUUGUGCCAGUGACUCCACACAGAGACAUCCUUGUACACAGAGUGUUUGAUGAGCACACACACUGUGACUUAGUGCUGAUUAGUGUCUCCCCUCCCCUGGCACAGCAUUGCCAGGUCUGCUGACACUCCCAGCUUUAGAUCAGAAUCAACAAACUCAUAAAUGAGCAUUCAAGAAAAGGUACACCCCACCCAUCUUUCCUGCCAAAGAGUCUGGUCUCAGAAGUGACACUGCAGUCCCCCAGGUGUCCUACUGCAGGUGACAGAUGAGUGAUGAGCCUUUGCACAAUUGUUUUGCUCUACAAUAGUAGCUUCAGAAUGUUGCAGGUUGGCCCUGUGCUGCUUGUCCCUGUGACUCACCAAAGCAUGGGGCCAACCUACUCUUCUGCCAGUCUUCCAGCCUGUGGAUCAGUAACAGAAGGAAGAAAGAAGUCUUCUGGUAAAAGCUGAGGUCAGACCCCUUUGGGAGUGGGUCCCCUGCCAACUCAUCUGUGCAUCUUGAUUAGUGCUGCUUCAGAAGUGUAACCAAUCUGUAUUUGUAUGCAUGAUUCUCAGCAGUUAUGGCUGUGGGCAUUAAGUGCAUGUUUUGUGGUCUCCAACACCCUGAGCUGAGAUCACACCCUGUCCCACCUGUAAUUGUUACAGUGUUUGUGUCAAAAAAAAUUGCAGCUGUUAAAUAGACAUGAGGAAAUGCUAUUUAUAGGCUUAGUCUUAUAAAGCCAAAAGCCAAACACUGAAAGCUGUAAUCAUAGCUCAUCACUAUUAAUCUCAGCCAGUUACAGACAUGUCAUCUUUCCUUGUCCUUAAUUGUCUGUGCCACUGUAGCUGAACAUUUCUAUUCCAAUUUCACCUAUUUUUAUGAACCAGGGCAAUAAGGAAAUCAUUCUUUAUAAACAUGUCUGUCCUUAGAGAGGGACAUCUGUGCACAAAAAAAAAAAUGUGUUUAAGCUCUAAACUUUGCAGUAAUUACCCUUACUAGAAACCUGCUUUUGCCUGUGCAUCCAGGUCCCAAAACCUCCCUUCCCUCAAAUGCAGACUGAGGGUUGCCCAGCUGGGUGAUGGGCAAUGGGGUCAAUUUUUGAGUGAGGCCAUAAAACCAUGGAAGACUUUGUUUCUUCCAGCAUCAUUGGGGCACCUCAGGUCUGAGGAAGAACAAAUCAGUGUAAGUGGUAAUUCUUUUGUCUCUUGGCCAAAGAGCUUGAUUGCUGGCAGAGCUGUUCAAAGGUUGUUUCCUCCAGGGAAGUAGAGAAGGAAGGGUCCAAAAACCAAAAUUCUCUCCCUGAUUGCUGAGGAAAUCUCUAAACCCCCAAUUCCUCUUUGCUAGGAUUUUAACCCCAACGUCACUCUGACCUGUGGUCUUGCCAUUGUUCCAGAUGUAGCAGCAGGGGCUGCUCAUAAUAACAAUAUUUGAUAAGAUUUAACCACUUGCUCAGUUUUCUGCUUGUGACCUUCUCCUUUGGUCUCUCUCUCCUACCCUGCUCCCUUUUUGUUCUCUUGCCUCAGUCCUUCCUGACUAUCAUUUGUCCAGUGGAAAUUAUCUACCUCAACUUUCUUCCUCCUGCUUUCUUAGUUCCACUGCUGUAAAACUGCAACUCUCCCUCCUUUCUCUUCUCCUUUCUAUUCUUUCCUCAUUUCUAGCUCUUUCUAUUAUCACCAGCCUCUCUUCCCUGUUUCUCUCAUGUGCUCUCCUUCCACCCUAUAACUCCUUCCUGCAUGCCUGUGGCUUAGUCACUCACUGUGUGCAUGCUCAACACUUCUGCCAACUGAAACCUGGAGCUCAGGAUCCCACAGAGGAGCCCAGCUUUUCACAGAUCCAGUCCCUCAGAACCAAUUUCCACCCCAAUAUCUAAAUUAUAAUGAAGUUCCAGGUAUUUCUCUUCCUCUUUGCACCAGAAAACGCUGUGCCAAGUAAUACUAUCUCCCUGUAUUACUAGAAAGACAUUUCAGCCCACAUUCCACAGAGCUGUGCCUGUUCUGAAGGGUUUUGUGGCCUUUCCUGGUUUUGCACUUUGUUAUUUCCACCAAGAAUAUUUGGAUCUGUGAAGUCUGGUACCCAUAACCUUGCAUGUAGGAAGUUGCCCUUAGUCAAGCUCUGUCUGAUGGACUGAUCCCUUACUCCAGCGUUUCAAACUCAUCCCAUCUUUAGCUGGAAGAGCCUUCCCACCUCCACACACAGGUUUUCCAUCUAAUGAAAGUUCAGGGGUGUUGAUGGACCCCCUUAAGCUCAUCCCACACCUCUGAAAUGCCACUGUGGGUGGGUCUGUCAAAGCAGCCAUAUCUGUUCAUUGACUGUAAGAACUGCUUUUGCCAUCUUCCCAGGAUACACCACGUGCUGACCACCCCUCUGCUCCUCAUUCCUUCUGACUCACCCAGAAGAGAGGAUACAUAGCCAGGGUGUGGACUGCUGCCCUCUCCUCACUGCUGUAGUUAGAAGGGGAUUGUUCUCCCCUAUGCUCACCUACAGCACUCCUGCCUUUUCCCUGUCCCCUCACCCCCCCAGCACCUGUCAGCCUCUCCCCCCCACCACAGGCAGCUACUUGAAAUAAUCCUUUAUGAAAUCUCUUAAUUCUAAGAAGCUAUUUAGGGACCUGUGUUCAAAUCCCUCUGAAAUCCUCUUUUUCCUGAGGCCUGCAAAAUAUAAAAUAAAUGCCACUACCCCCAUCCUCUGCUGCAGCAGGGGGUGACACGGGCCAUGGGAAAGACAGGAUUGUUCUUCUGCUGCUCAAGAGCUGCUUCCCCUGGAGACCCAGGUGUGAUCCUCUCCCCUGGGAGAGGGGAGCUCUUCUUGCUGCUGUUCUAGCAGAUGUGCUCCAACAGCUGGCAGCUGGUUAUAAAACCCUUGUGCCAUGUCCAUGGCAGGAUAUGGUGCUGUGUGGCACUGGAAGGCUUUGGCUGGCCAGCCACUGUGCAGCUUGUAGUCUCUCCACAGUUCUAUUAAAUGGUGUGUUGAGAGGAGUUGUGUCGUGCAUCAGGGCUGCCCUUAAAGCUGGUGCCAUCCUGGAUGAGCAAUUUGUCCUUAUCCAUUGCCUCUUCCAGGGGGCUUCUCUCAGGACUGGAGGAUCCUUGCUGUGAUUUGGUGAUGGUGGCCAGAUGGGGAGGGGGUCUGCAUCACUGUUGGGAUAUAUCCACUGUGGUUUGGCUUCUACUGAGGGCUACAACUCUCACCAAGCACUGCCUGCCUUCCUCAGAAGCUGAGACCACAAGGCCCAGUGCCCAGCUCUGGGUGUUUACUGGCCCUGGAGGCCACGUGGUGUGCCCAUAAAACACAGCAGGGGAUGGGGUGCAUCCCACAUCCUCACUGCAGCCCUGGCUGAGGCAGCACUGCCACAGGCCCUGACAAGUGUGUGCCCAUCAUCCCCAUGAUGCCAUCAGCCAGGAAGUGUCCACGUCUGGAGAAGCUCAGGAGAGGUUAGUGCUCCCUGUGCUGAUACCUGACAGCCAUGAUGUGAUGGAGAUGCCUCCUGACAGCCUGGCACGAUGCCACUGCGCUGCCAGGAGAAUGGCACCAGCAUUCACUGCAGCUCCAGGGACCAGCCACAGGCCCUCGUGGGGUGGCACGUGUCCCCAGCACAGCUCCUGGGGACAAGCAGCCCUCACCCCCACAGCUGCAGCCCUGUGCAGAGUGCUCAUGGAGGGAUUUAUCCUGAGCAGUCAAGGUGUUUCUGCUUCCAGGUGAAAAAAACAACUCAUCAGGAAGGGACUUGUCUGAAUCCCUGCUGUAAUGAUAUGGGGAGCAGGCUGCCCCCUGAGGGUCCCAUAGCCAGAACACAGGGGCAGGCAGACUGCUGGGGGGCACAGCUGCAUCUCCCACAGGCCCAGGGCCCACUGGCAGAGCAGGGCAUGGUGGCACAGCUGGGUGUUUUUCUCCAUUUGAAGGCUGUGUGGCUUGGAGAAGACUCUUGGCCAGUUUGAAGUGCAUCAUGCUGUUCAGGAAAAUACAAAUAUCCCUGUAAUGACCCCAUAAAGAAAAGCACCUGCUAGUUUUGUGCUGAUGCUGCUGACCCAGAUGCAAAAAAAAGCCUGCUCCAUAUCUUUCCAAAUAAAAGGCUCUAUGUUGUAAACUCAUCCCUUGCCAUCAGCUCAAAAAUCACUGCCCACUGUCUGUUCAGGGGCACCAGACCCCCUUACACAGACCUGGGGGUACGUCAGCCCCCAGAAUGACAAGGGCAGGACAUGGUGGCACCUGUGCCCUCUGUCUCAGCACACAGGCAGUGCCAGCUCUCUGCUCUCUGCCAUCCUCAGGGAGCCCAUGUGCCUUUUGGACACAGUUUGCUCCUGUCUGAGUGCUCCUGCCUCCCUCUUUUCUGUGCAUCCCCCUCCAGCACAUGCCAGAGCUGACUGACACCCCUUUAAAAAUAACUCCGAGGUGUGAAGGAGGGCGAGAGAUGGAGGGGGUGACCUCACCUGGUUGGAGAGGGACAACAUCCCCCUUUGCCUCUCCCCGCCCUGCCGGUGGUGCUGCCCUGUCGUGGCCGAGCAGCCGCCCUGGGUCGCUGCCUGCCCAGCCCGUGGCACAAACGCUUUGAUGUGGUUUUGAAGCGCAUUUGGUCCUGCAGGGGGGAGAGAGAGCUGACAUCUCUGUUCCCUCUCUGCGCUUACUGCAAAUGAAGGGAUUAGGAGUUAUAAUCCAAGAUUCUUAUUUUAAAGCGGCUUUUCAGCUCUGUGAGGGGAACUUCAGCGUGAUGCUCCUGGGGGAGGUGGUGGCAGAGCAGCUGUCACAGCCCCGUCACCGCAGCUCCCUGGGCGUUGGCAGCCGAGGCUCCGUGGCACUGGAGUGCUCCAGGCUGUGGGAGAGGCACCUCUGCAGGGAGUGGGAGUGGGUGGGCAGGGGGCUCUGCAAGGCCAGGGUUCAGGGGUUAUCCCAGCACUGGGCACUUGCCUUGGCAUCAGGGAGUGCAUCCAAGCACUGUGUAGGUCUCACCUCAGGUUGCACCUAGAUUUACAGGGGUUUCCAGGUGUUUUGAACUCUGAAAAGAAGCUUUUUCCCUAAAAAAGGGCUCUUCGUUUGGGAAGGAGGGCAGGUCUAUAUUAGCCAGCACUGUUUAAAUGGGAUCUACCCAGGUGGGCAGCACAGCCAUGGUGAGAGAGGUGGCAGCCCAGCCCCUCUGAGAGCAUCCCAGCCAUUGCCAGGGGAUCAUGUGCACUCAGCCCUGUGGGGACUGCCCCCAUCCCUGGCAGCACUGUAGACCCCAGGAUGACCCUCUAGCUGUGGGAACUCCUCUGCUGGGGAGAGCCUAGGGAUCUGAGGGAGAUCAGCUGCUGCCAAUCCCCCGUGGCAACAUCUGCUCUUGGGAUGCUGAGUGUCAAAUUGCACUAGCCCAAAGCAUCCUGCAGCCCUUGGAAAGCUUCAGUCCCACACUGCCAGCAGUGUCUGCUUUGGAGAAAUACACUGAUCUUUCUUCUUUUGUAUUUGUUAACUCUUUCUCCUUCCCACUGCAUUCAUGGCAGACCUGUGUAAAAUGUUAGCAAACUGCUGUUUUUUUCACUGGCAUCUCUGCAGCCUUUCCCUCUGCUAAUUAUUAUAGCCAUGCCUCUUCUAGGGCAACUUGACAGAUGGCUGGGGUUUUAUCUUUGAACAAGCUAUUUAAAGAGGGCUCUGGCUUUUCCCUUGCACAUUUCUUUCCUGGCUGCAUGUCCUGAGCUGCUGGAUGGGUUGUCCUUUUCACUAGGGAUGACAAAAGUUGUGAGCUGAGACUGAAGGCUGAGGUCAGAUCCCAGGAGAUGGGUUCUUUCCUUUCCUUUUAGAAAGGGAAGGUCAUUCUGCCCUGCUUCAUGUGGCCUCAUAGACUGCUGUGGUUUGGAUUUAGCAUGAGAAUAAUGUUGAUAACACCCUGAUGUUUCAGUUAUUGCUGAGUAGUGCUUACCCUAAAUUAAGGGCCUCAUUCUCUGCCAGUGAGGAGAGGCAGAAGAAGCUGGGAAGGAGCUUGGCCAGCACAGCUCAUCUGACCUGGCCAAAGGGAUAUUCCAGGCCAUAGCACUUCAUGUGCCAUGCUUAAACAGGGGAGAGCUGGCUGGGAGCUGCUGAACAUUGCUGGGGCAUGGGCUGGGCAUUAGUCAGUAGGUGGUGAACAAGGGCAUUGUGCAUCUUUCCCCCAUUCUCAUAUUAUUAUUAUUAUUAUUAUUGUUGUUGUUGUUGUU